AUGCGUGAUCUGUGUCGUAUCUCGUGGUUUUUCUGUGAGGAGCUUUCUGCAGUGCUGCCGAGCCACACCUGCGGGAACCCUGGGGAAAUUCUGAAAGGAGUCCUCCACGGGACAAGGUUCAACAUCGGAGACAAAAUCCGGUACAGCUGUCUGUCCGGCUACGUCUUGGAAGGGCACGCCAUCCUGACCUGCAUCGUGAGCCCGGGGAACGGCGCGUCCUGGGACUUCCCGGCCCCGUUCUGCAGAGGCUCGGGAGGAGAGGAAGGGGGCGCCCGGGAGACGGCGCCGCUGGAGGGGGAGGGGGAGGGGGAGAAGCCGCACCACGUGGGGGUGCCCGUAAACCCUGUGGCCGUGAGCACAGCCGUGGCCCCGCCGGCCACGUGGCAGAGGGGGCGCUGCCAAGCUGAUCUCCGGGAGUUGCCCCCCCAGGGCCUGGCCGUGCACAGUGACACCCGCUGGGACCACCCUCGUAGCAGGAUUCCGUGGCCCCUGGAGGAGCUGAGAAGCGAGGUGAACUCGGGCAUCCGGAGCACGGCCCGGGCCAGGGAAACGGCCGGGGCUCUGGUCCUGAGACCGGAGCGCAGGGUGCCAGCCGAGGGCGCCUGCGGGGGGACCCUGCGGGGCACCAGCAGCAGCAUCUCCAGCCCCCACUUCCCGUCGGAGUACGACAACAACGCCGACUGCACGUGGACCAUCCUGGCCGAGCCGGGGGACACCAUCGCCCUGGUCUUCACCGACUUCCAGCUGGAGGAGGGCUACGACUUCCUGGAGAUCAGCGGGACCGAGGCGCCCUCCAUCUGGCUGACCGGCAUGAACCUGCCCUCUCCGGUCAUCAGCAGCAAGAACUGGCUGCGGCUGCACUUCACGUCGGACAGCAACCAUCGGCGCAAGGGGUUCAACGCUCAGUUUCAAGUGAAAAAGGCGAUCGAGCUCAAGUCCCGCGGGGUGAAGAUGCUGCCGGGCAAGGACAGCAGCCACAAGCACUCCGUCCUGAGUCAAGGGGGCGUCGCUUUGGUCUCCGACAUGUGUCCAGACCCGGGGACCCCCGAGUACGGGAGAAGAGCAGGGUCCGACUUCAGGGUCGGCUCCAGCGUGCAGUUCUCCUGCGAGGACAGCUACGUGCUGCAGGGGUCCAAGAGCAUCACCUGCCAGCGGGUCACAGAGACGCUGGCCGCCUGGAGCGACCACCGGCCCAUCUGCCGAGCGCGGACCUGCGGCUCCAACCUGCGCGGGCCCAGCGGCGUCAUCACCUCCCCCAACUACCCGGUGCAGUACGAGGACAACGCGCACUGCGUGUGGGUCAUCACGGCCGCGGAUCCCGACAAGGUCAUCAAGCUCGCCUUCGAGGAGUUUGAGCUGGAGCGCGGCUACGACACCCUGACGGUGGGUGACGCCGGCGUGGUGGGCGACACGAGGACCGUCUUGUACGUACUCACCGGCUCCAGCGUGCCGGACCUGAUCGUGAGCAUGAGCAGCCAGAUGUGGCUGCACCUGCAGUCGGACGACAGCAUCGCCUCGCCCGGGUUCAAGGCCGUGUACCAAGAGAUCGAGAAGGGGGGCUGCGGGGACCCCGGCGUCCCUGCCUACGGGCGGCGGACGGGCAGCAGCUUCCUGCACGGCGACACGCUCACCUUCGAGUGCCAGGCCGCCUUCGAGCUGGUGGGCGAGCGAGCCAUCACGUGCCAGCGCAACAACCAGUGGUCCGGCAACAAGCCCAGCUGCGUGUUUUCCUGCUUCUUCAACUUCACCGCGUCCUCGGGCGUCAUCCUGUCCCCGAACUACCCCGAGGAGUACGGCAACAACAUGAACUGCGUGUGGCUGAUCAUCUCGGAGCCGGGCAGCAGGGUGCACCUCAUCUUCAACGACUUCGACGUGGAGCCGCAGUUCGACUUCCUGGCCGUCAAGGACGACGGCGGCUCCGACGUGACGGUGCUCGGCACGUUCUCGGGCAACGAGGUGCCCUCCCAGCUGGCCAGCAGCGGGCACGUGGUGCGCCUGGAGUUCCAGUCCGACCACUCCACCACCGGCCGCGGCUUCAACAUCACCUACACCACGUUUGGCCAGAACGAGUGCCACGACCCCGGCAUCCCCAUCAACGGGCAGCGCUUCGGGGACCGGUUCCUGCUGGGCAGCUCGGUCUCCUUCCACUGCGACGACGGCUUCGUGAAGACGCAGGGCUCGGAGUCCAUCUCCUGCACGCUGCAGGACGGCAACGUGGUCUGGAGCGCCGCCGUGCCCCGCUGCGAAGCCCCGUGUGGCGGCCACCUGACAGCGUCCAGCGGCGUCAUCAUGCCACCGGGGUGGCCAGGGUAUUACAAAGACUCUUUGAACUGCGAAUGGGUCAUCGAGGCGAAACCAGGACACUCCAUCAAAAUAACGUUCGACAGGUUCCAGACGGAAGUCAACUACGACACCCUGGAGGUGAGGGACGGGCCGGCCAGCUCGUCCCCACUGAUCGGCGAGUACCACGGCACGCAGGCGCCGCAGUUCCUGCUCAGCACCGGGAACUCGCUGCGCCUGCUCUUCACCACCGACAGCAGCCGCGCCAGCGUGGGCUUCCUCAUCCGCUACGAGAGUGUCACCCUGGAGUCGGACUCUUGCCUCGACCCAGGGAUCCCGGUGAACGGGCGGCGGCACGGCAGCAGCUUCGGGAUCAGGUCCACCGUGACCUUCAGCUGCGACCCCGGCUACACGCUCAGCGACGACGAGCCGCUGGUCUGCGAGCGGAGCCACCAGUGGAACCGCGCGCUGCCCAGCUGCGACGCCCUCUGUGGAGGCUACAUCCACGGGAAGAGUGGGACGGUCCUCUCUCCGGGGUUUCCAGACUUCUACCCGAACUCUCUCAACUGCACGUGGACCAUCGAGGUGUCCCACGGAAAAGGCGUUCAGAUGAUGUUCCACACCUUCCACCUGGAGAGCUCUCACGACUACCUGCUGGUCACGGAGGACGGCAGCUUCUCGGAGCCGGUGGCCCGGCUCACGGGCUCGGUGCUGCCGCACUCCAUCAAGGCGGGCCUGUUCGGGAACUUCACCGCCCAGCUCCGCUUCAUCUCCGACUUCUCCAUCUCCUACGAGGGCUUCAACAUCACCUUUUCAGAGUACGACCUGGAGCCCUGCGACGACCCCGGCGUCCCGGCCUUCAGCCGCAGGAUCGGGUUCCGCUUCGGAGUCGGGGACGCGCUGACCUUCUCCUGCUUCCCGGGGUACCGCUUGGAAGGCGCCACCAAGCUCACGUGCCUGGGCGGGGGCCGCCGAGUGUGGAGCGCACCUCUGCCAAGGUGUGUGGCCGAGUGCGGGGCGAGCGUCCGGGGGAACGAAGGCGCGCUGCUGUCGCCGAACUUCCCGGCCAACUACGACGACCACCACGAGUGCAUCUACAGCAUCGAGACGGAGCCCGGGAAGGGGGUCCGCCUGCGCGCGCGCAGCUUCCGGCUCUCGGAGGGGGACACCCUGAAGGUCUACGACGGCAAGGACAGCGCGUCGCGCCCGCUGGGGACCUUCACCGAGAGCCAGCUGAUGGGGCUGACGCUGAACAGCACGUCCAACCACCUGCGGCUGGAGUUCACCUCCAACGGCUCGGACACCGCCCAGGGCUUCCAGCUCACCUACACCAGCUUCGACCUCGUGAAGUGUGAGGACCCCGGGGUGCCCAGCUAUGGCUACCGGCUCCGGGACGAAGGCCACUUCGCGGACACCACCGUCCUGUUCAGCUGCAACCCGGGCUACACCAUGCACGGCAGCAACACCCUGACCUGCCUGAGCGGCGGCCGGCGGGUGUGGGACCAGCCCUUGCCGUCCUGCGUGGCGGAGUGCGGCGGGCAGAUCCACGCGGCCACCUCGGGGCGCCUCCUGUCCCCCGGCUACCCGGCGCCCUAUGACAACAACCUGCACUGCACCUGGGUCAUAGAGGCGGACCCGGGGAAGACCAUCAGCCUGCACUUCAUCGUGUUCGACACGGAGACCAACCACGACAUCCUGAAGGUGUGGGACGGGCCCCUGGAGAGCCACGUGCUGCUGCAGGAGUGGAGCGGCUCCGCGCUGCCCGGCGACAUCCACAGCACCUUCAACUCGCUCACGCUGCAGUUCGACAGCGACUUCUUCAUCAGCAAGUCCGGCUUCUCCGUGCAGUUCUCCACCUCAGUGGCGUCCACCUGCAACGACCCGGGCGUGCCCCAGAACGGCACCCGGUACGGCGACAGCCGGGAGCCCGGGGACACGGUCACCUUCCAGUGCGACCCCGGGUAUCAGCUCCAAGGGCAGGAGAGGAUCACGUGUGUGCAGCUCAACACCCGCUUCUUCUGGCAGCCGGACCCGCCCACCUGCAGAGCUGCGUGCGGAGGGAACCUGACCGGCCCGGCGGGCGUCAUCCUGUCGCCCAACUACCCGCAGCCGUACCCCCCCGGCAAGGAGUGCGACUGGACCAUCACCGUGAACCCGGACUUCGUCAUCGCCCUGAUAUUCAAAAGCUUCAACAUGGAGCCCAGCUACGACUUCCUGCACGUGUACGAGGGCGCCGACUCCAACAGCCCGCUCAUCGGCAGCUUCCAGGGCGCCCAGGCCCCCGACCGGAUCGAGAGCAGCGGCAACAGCCUCUUCCUGGCCUUCCGCAGCGACGCCUCCGUGGGCCUGUCGGGCUUCGCCAUCGAGUUCAAAGAGAAACCGCGGGAGGCCUGUUUUGACCCGGGAAACAUCAUGAACGGGACGAGAGUGGGCGCCGACUUCAAACUGGGCUCCACCGUGACCUACCAGUGUGACCCUGGCUACACCAUCGCGGACCCCUCGUCCAUCACCUGCGUGAUCGGGGCCGACGGGAAGCCGGCCUGGGACCGCGUCCUGCCGUCCUGCAGCGCUCCCUGCGGAGGCCAGUACUCGGGGUCGGAGGGCGUGGUGCUGUCGCCCAGCUACCCCCAGAACUACACGGCGGGCCAGGUGUGCCUCUACUCCAUCACGGUGCCCGAGGAGUUCGUGGUGUUCGGGCAGUUCGCCUACUUCCAGACGGCGCUGAGCGACGUGGCCGAGCUGUUCGACGGGGCCCGCCCGCAGGCCAGGCUGCUGAGCUCGCUGUCCGGCUCGCACUCCGGGGAGACCCUGCCGCUGGCGACCUCGAACCAGAUCCUGCUCCGCUUCAGCGCCCAGAGCGGGGCGUCCGCGCGCGGCUUCCACUUCGUGUACCAAGCCGUGCCCCGGACCAGCGACACCCAGUGCAGCUCCAUCCCGGAGCCCCGCUACGGCCGGAGGAUCGGCUCCGAGUUCUCGGCGGGCUCCAUCGUGCGGUUCGAGUGCAGCCCCGGGUACCUGCUGCGGGGCUCCGCGGCCGUGCGCUGCGGGGCGGUGCCCAACGCGCUGGCGCAGUGGAACGACUCCGUCCCCAGCUGCGUAGUGCCCUGCAGCGGCAACUUCACCCAGCGCAGAGGCACGAUCCUGUCCCCGGGGUACCCGGAGCCCUACGGCAACAGCCUGAACUGCGUGUGGAGAAUCACCGUCACCGAGGGCUCGGGCAUCCAGGUCCAGGUCCUCAGCUUCGCCACCGAGCAGAACUGGGACUCCCUGGAGAUCUACGACGGUGCGGACGCCUCUGCGCCCAGACUGGGCAGCUUCUCGGGGACCACGGUGCCCGCCCUGCUGAACAGCUCGUCCAACCAGCUCUACCUGCACUUCCAGUCCGACAUCAGCGUGGCCGCCGCCGGCUUCCACCUGGAGUACAAAACCGUAGGCCUGGCCGCGUGCCAGGAGCCAGCGCUGCCCAGCAACGCGAUCAAGACCGGUGACCGGUACAUGGUGAACGACGUGCUGGCGUUCCAGUGCGCGCCCGGGUACACGCUGCAGGGCCGCUCCCACAUCUCCUGCAUGCCGGGGACCGUGCGGCGCUGGAACUACCCGACCCCGCUGUGCAUCGCGACGUGCGGCGGGACACGGAGCAGCAUGGGCGGCGUGAUCCUGAGCCCCGGCUUCCCGGGCGCGUACCCCAACAACCUGGACUGCAGCUGGAGGAUCGCCCUGCCCGUCGGCUAUGGAGCGCACAUUCAGUUCCUGAACUUCUCCACGGAGGCGAACCACGACUUCCUGGAGAUCCAGAACGGGCCGCACCCCAGCAGCCCGCUGCUCGGGCAGUUCAGCGGCCCCGACCUGCCAGCCGCACUGCUCAGCACCACGCACGACACGCUGGUCCACUUCUACAGUGACCACUCCCAGAACCGGCAGGGCUUCAGGCUGGCGUACCAAGCCUACGAGCUGCAGAACUGCCCGGACCCCCCGCCCUUCCAGAACGGGUACGUGGUCAACUCCGACUUCAGCGUGGGCCAGUCCAUCUCCUUCGAGUGCUACCCCGGGUACGUGCUCACCGGCCACCCGGUGCUCACCUGCCAGCACGGGACCAACCGAGACUGGAACCACCCUUUCCCCAGGUGUGACGCUCCCUGCGGCUACAACGUGACGGCGCAGAACGGCACCAUCUACUCCCCCGGGUUCCCCGACGAGUACCCCAUCCUCAAGGACUGCCUGUGGCUGCUCAGCGUGCCCCCGGGCCACGGGGUCUACCUCAACUUCACCCUGCUGCAGACCGAGGCCGUCAACGACUACAUCGCCGUCUGGGACGGCCCCGACCAGAGCGCCCCGCAGCUCGGCGUCUUCAGCGGGAACACGGCGCUGGAGACGGCGCGCAGCUCCACCAACCAGGUGCUGCUCAAGUUCCACAGCGACUUCUCCAACGGCGGCUUUUUCGUGCUCAACUUCCACGCGUUCCAGCUCAAGAAGUGCCAGCCGCCCCCGGCAGUCCCGCAGGCAGAGAUGCUGGUGGAGGACGAGGACUUUGAAAUCGGCGACUUCGUGCGCUACCAGUGCCACCCGGGGUACACGCUGUCCGGGGCCGACACGCUCACCUGCAAGCUCCGCGCCCAGCUGCAGUUCGAAGGCACGCCCCCCACAUGCGAAGCACAAUGCCCAGCCAACGACAUCCGCACGGAGUCGUCGGGGGUCAUCCUCAGCCCGGGCUACCCGGGCAACUACUUCAACUCCCAGACCUGCUCCUGGACCGUCCGGGUGGAGCCGGGCUACAACAUCACCGUCUUCGUGGAGAGCUUCCAGAGCGAGAAGCAGUUCGACGCCCUGGAGGUGUUCGACGGGCCCUCGGGGCAGAGCCCCCUGCUGGUGGUCCUGAGCGGGAACCACACGGAGCCGCUGAACUUCACCAGCCGCGGCAGCCAGCUGUUCCUCCGCUGGUCCACCGACCACGCCACCAGCAAGAGAGGCUUCAGGAUCCGCUACGCAGCGCCCUACUGCAGCCUGGCCCACUCCCUGCGCAACGGCGGCGUGGCGAACCGGACGGCGGGGACGCCCGGGAGCCGCGUGCAGUACUUCUGCAAGCCCGGGUACCGGCUCGUGGGCAGCGGCAACGCCACCUGCCGGCGGAGCCCCGGGGGCGUGCACCAGUGGGACGCGCCGGCGCCCCUGUGCCAGGACGGCUCUGCGGCCGGCGCUCGGAAGUCGCUGGCCGGUCACGGGGUGCGGGCGGACUUCUCCCACGCGCCGGCGUUGCGCUUUGAAAGCCGCCUGCUCCGAGAGCAGCCCUGCGGGGGUGCCCAGGUGUCCCCGGGGCCCCGGGGACAGGGCGCCAGUGGCGAAAGCAGUGGCCUGAACAGGCACCUGCCCCAGGAAAGCAGGUGGGAGCAGGACGGGUGGGCACUCCCGACGCCCCUGGGGGCGGCUCCCGCCACAGAGUCCGGGGGACGGAGUGUGCUCUCGGGGGGCCAGCCCAGGAAGCCCCGCCUGGUGCCCCUCUGCUUGCUGCAGGCACACGGGGCUCUGCGGCCCCCCAGGGUGGCCGUGGGCUCCCACGGGAAUGGGGGUGGGGACACCGCGGCGAUCUACACUUGGAGUCACGCUGUGUCCUGCGGGAUCCCGGAGCCCCCCGGGAACGGCUCCUUCUCGGGGAACGAGUUCGCGCUGCACAGCAAGGUGACCUACGAGUGCGACGAGGGCUUCCGGCUGGACGCGGGCCACCCGGCCACGGCGGUGUGCCAGGAGGACGGGUCGUGGAGCAACCAGGGGCGGCCGCCUCCCUGCAAACCGGUGACCUGCCCUGGCAUCGAGACCCAGCUGUCGGAGCACGUCACCUGGAGGCUGGUGUCGGGGGCCCCGAACGAGUUCGGGGCCCAGGUGGUGCUGAGCUGCAGCCCCGGGCACUACCUGGAGGGCAGCAGGCUGCUGCAGUGCCGGGCGGACGGGGCCUGGAGCGCGGGCGAGGAGAGGCCGCGGUGCCGAGGAACGAAGGGCUCGUUCCCGGGAGCCACAGAGAAAGGACAGACGGACAAUGGUUUGGAGAUGGUGGUGGGCCGGGGGGUGGAGGCGGCACGGCGACCCCAGAGCCGAGGUGAGAGUCACAGGGUCACUCUUUGUCUCGCAGUCAUCUCCUGCGGGAGCCUGUCCUCGCCCCCCAACGGCAACAAGAUCGGGACGCUGACCGUCUACGGGGCCACAGCCAUCUUCACCUGCAACACGGGCUACACGCUGGUGGGCUCACCGGUGCGCGAGUGCCUGGCCAGCGGGCUCUGGAGCGGCUCCGAGACGCGGUGCCUGGCGGGCCACUGCGGGUCCCCGGACCCCGUGGUGAACGGCCACAUCAGCGGCGACGGCUUCAGCUACCGGGACACCGUGGUGUACCAGUGCAACCCCGGCUUCCGGCUCGUGGGCACCUCCGUCCGGAUCUGCCUGCAGGACCACAAGUGGUCGGGGCAGACGCCCGUGUGUGUCGCCAUCACCUGCGGCCACCCCGGCAACCCCGCCCACGGGCUCACCAACGGCAGCGCCUUCAACCUCAACGACGUGGUGAACUUCACCUGCGGCACCGGCUACGUGCUGCAGGGCGCGUCCCAGGCCCAGUGCCGGAGCGGCGGCCAGUGGAGCAGCCCCCUGCCCACCUGUCGAGUGGUCAACUGCUCGGACCCCGGCUUCGUGGACAACGCCGUCCGCCACGGGCAGCAGCGGCCCCCCGAGAGCUUCGUCUACGGGACGAGCGUCCUGUACCACUGCAAGGAGGGCUUUUACCUGCUCGGCUCGUCCGCCCUCACCUGCACGGUGGACGGCGCGUGGGACCGCUCGCUGCCCCAGUGCCUGGCUAUCUCCUGCGGGCACCCAGGGGUCCCGGCCAAUGCCGUCGUCACGGGGGAGGUGUUCACGUACGGGGCCACGGUUCACUACUCCUGCCAGGGAGCCCGGAGCCUCGUGGGCAACAGCACCAGAGUUUGCCAGGAGGACAGCCACUGGAGCGGGGCCCUGCCCCACUGUACAGGCAACAGCCCCGGGUUCUGCGGGGACCCGGGGACCCCGGCGCACGGCUCCCGGCUCGGUGACGAGUUCAGGACGAAGAGCCUCCUCCGCUUCUCCUGCGAGGUGGGCUACCUGCUGCGGGGCUCCGCCGAGCGCACCUGCCUGCCCGACGGGGCCUGGUCGGGGCUGCAGCCGGCCUGCGAAGCCGUGUCCUGCGGGAACCCGGGCACGCCCACCCACGGCACCAUCGUCAGCAGCGACGGCGUCCUGUUCUCCAGCUCGGUCAUCUACGCCUGCUGGGAGGGCUACCGGACCACGGGGCUGACGACCCGGCACUGCACGGCCAACGGCACCUGGACGGGCACCGCGCCCGACUGCACAGUGGUGAGCUGUGGGGACCCAGGGACCCCGGCCGACGGCGUCCGGUUUGGGACGGACUUCACCUUCAACAAGACCGUGAGCUACCAGUGCAGCCCCGGCCACAUCCUGGAGCCCGCCGCAGCGGCCACCCUCCGCUGCACCGCGGACGGCGCGUGGAACCACAGCAAGCCCGUCUGCAAAGCGGUCCUGUGCAGCCCGCCGCCCCGCGUCGCGCACGCAGAAGUGGAGGGAGCCGACUUCCGCUGGGGCGCCAGCGUCAGUUACCGCUGUGCGGCCGGCUACCAGCUGGCCCAGCCCGCCAUCCUGUCCUGCGAAGGCCGGGGCGUGUGGAAGGGGGAGACGCCCCAGUGCCUGCCCGUGUUCUGUGGGGACCCGGGCACCCCCGCGGAGGGCCGGCUCAGCGGCAGGAGUUUCACCUACAAGUCUGAAGUGUCCUUCCAGUGCACGCCGCCCCUCGUCCUGGUGGGCUCCUCCAGCAGGACCUGCCAGGCGGACGGCUCCUGGAGCGGCGUGCAGCCCACCUGCAUCGACCCCACCCAUAACGCCUGCCCGGACCCCGGCACGCCGCCCUUCGGGAUACAGAACAGCUCGCGAGGAUACGAGGUGGGGAGCACGGUGUUUUUCAGGUGCAGGAAAGGCUACCACGUCCAGGGCUCCACCACGCGCACCUGCCUGGCCAACCUGACGUGGAGCGGGACCCAGACGGAGUGCAUCCCGCACGCCUGCAGACAGCCGGAGACGCCGGCGCACGCGGACGUCCGGGCCAUCGACCUGCCCACCUUCGGAUACACCUUGGUGUACACCUGCCACCCGGGGUUCUUCCUGGCCGGGGGGUCCGAGCACCGCACGUGCAAAGCCGACAUGAAGUGGACGGGGAAGUCGCCCGUCUGCAAAAGUAAAGGAGUGAGAGAAGUUAAUGAAACAGUUACUAAAACUCCAGUUCCCUCCGACGUGUUUUUCGUCGGCUCCGUGUGGCAGGGCCAGUACGAGCACCUGGGGAAGAGGCAGCCGGCGACGCUGACCGUGGACUGCUUCAACGCCACCAGCAGCAAGGUGAACGCCACCUUCCGCGCCGCCGCCCCGGUGGAGCUGAAGCUGACAGGCGUGUACAAGAAGGAGGAGGCCCACCUGCUUCUGAGGGCCGUUCCCACGCACGGCCCGGCGGGCGUCUUCGUGGGCAAGCUGGACGACGGCGCCUGGGGCCUGGACGGCUACGUGAGUGCCCGGGGGACUGCGGGGCUCCGAAGGGUCCCCGAGGUGCGGGCGGCAGGGGGCGUCCGUGAGGCAAGCGGGGAGGGCCGGUGCUUGGAGGGACGCCGAGGCCCCUCUGCGGACUCCAGCGUGUGUUUGCGCUGCGACUCGCCCCCCAGCCCCGGGGCACAGCCUCCCGUGACGCGUGUCAGCCCGCGGCGGGCGGUCUCCUCGGGGCUGGAGCGCGGCGGGUUCACGUUUCAAGGCGACGUCCGUGGCAAAGACUUCGGGAAGUUCAAGCUGGAGAGGCAAGACCCGCUGAGCGCCGACCAGGACCCUGCGCGCCGACCCCCGGGCACCAGCAGCGGCUCCGUCGCGGCGGCCAUCCUGGUACCCUUCUUCGCUCUGAUCCUGUCAGGGUUCGCCUUUUACCUCUACAAACACAGAACGAGACCCAAAGUGCAGUACAACGGCUACGCCGGCCACGAGAACAGCAACGGCCAGGCCUCCUUCGAGAACCCCAUGUACGACACGAACUUGAAGCCCACGGAAGCCAAGGCCGUGCGCUUUGACACGACUCUGAACACGGUGUGCACAGUGGUAUAGCCCCCGGCCCGGGGGCCGACUCAUAGCCAUACCUCUGACGGGCAAGCAGUGAUUCCUUUGGUGCCAUGGACCUCUCUCCCUCCUCCUCCUCCCCCCGGCUCCGCCGCGCGCCCUCUCCCAUCUCGUACCGGAUUCACGCCGCGGGGACGUCCAGAGCGCGUGCAGAGUCUCCUGAGGACCGGCCACACCUGGCCCCCGUCCGGCUGCACCCGCGUGGGGUCAAGGCGCCCUUGAGGAGGCCCACCCGCCCGGGCCCGCGGGCACAUCUGCCCCAACGCCUCGGACGUCCAGUCCCCAGAGGCCCGGAUGCCUUCCGACGCAGCCUCCUGGGCCCGCCGCCACCGCCUCUGGGCGCGGUGACAGCGCGGCAGCCCGGCGACACGUUCUGCGUGUUUCUUCUCACCCCCACGAAUGCAGAUACUCUGGAAAACGGCUCUCUUGAAGGAGACACCGCCCCGGCCGCCGCACACGCCCACACGCGCCCCGCCGGCCUGCCCCAGCCCUGGCGCGCCUCCAGGACCCCCGCGCCUCGGCGCCCGCGCCCAGGACCGGCCGCAGAUCCCCCGUCAGCUGUUCUAUCGCAGAAGUUUUGAUGCACAAUUUUUUUGCACUAGUGUGUUACGAAUGAGUAAGAUUCUGAUAAAAUAUACUAUUUACACAGGGUUUAUACACACUACGCAUUGUAUAUAACCAUCCCCUCACUUCUCAAGCCGAGCAUCUCACCGUCCGGUUCGCUGAUGUGCAAGAGAGAGAGAAAAAAACCCCAGAUAUGGCACAGGUUUUAACAGAAGUACGGUAUUAAAGAGAUUUAUUUUGUUAUUGCUUCUUUUAGCUACAUAUCUGUGUUGAACUCAUUGAGAAAAAAAAAA